CUCCGCCGCCUCCCUUGGCUGUUGGCGGCCUCCCCUCGCCCGGUCUCCUGCUGCGGGGCCCCCGCGCAGGCCGAGAGCCCGCGCGCCUAGGAGCAGGGGCGGCCGCGCACUCGCCGGACACGCACUGCGGCCGGACGGAUCCCGGCGGGUGACCCCCGCGUGCCCUGGUCCCCGUGCCGCCGCGCUCCCCUCCCCCCACGCCGGUGUCCCCGGGCUCAGGGCCGCGCGGCCAGCCCCGACGCACCGGGGGUCCCCGAGGCGGGGCCGGCCCGGCCGGGGCGCGACGAUGGAGGAGCCGCAGCGCGCCCGCUCGCACACCGUCACCACCACCGCCAGCUCCUUCGCGGAGAACUUCUCCACCACCAGCAGCAGCUUCGCCUACGACCGCGAGUUCCUCCGCACCCUGCCCGGACUCCUCAUCGUGGCGGAGAUCGUUCUGGGACUGCUGGUAUGGACACUGAUCGCUGGAACUGAGUACUUCCGGGUCCCUGCGUUUGGCUGGGUCAUGUUUGUAGCUGUGUUUUACUGGGUCCUCACCGUCUUCUUCCUCAUCAUCUACAUAACGAUGACCUACACCAGGAUCCCCCAGGUGCCCUGGACCACGGUGGGUCUGUGCUUUAAUGGCAGUGCCUUCGUCUUAUACCUCUCUGCCGCUAUUGUGGAUGCGUCUUCUGUCUCCCCGGAGAGGGACAGUCACAACUUCAACAGCUGGGCAGCCUCGUCGUUUCUUCGCCUUCUGGUCACCAUCUGCUAUGCUGGAAACACGUAUUUCAGUUUUAUAGCUUGGAGAUCCAGGACCAUACAGUGAUUCGCCAUUUUGAGAAUUAAAAGGGAAAAAAAAAGGAAGAAUCUCACUGUAAAAACAGGUGUAGGUAUAAUGUAUAUUUCCAGAGAAUUGUAUUUAACUAAUGUUUUUAUAUACUUAGUUAAAUUUGCUCACAGUGGUUUGUUAUAAUUAAACUGGAUACUUACUUGCAAAGUGCUGUAGCUUAUAAUGAAUCUUAAAUAUCUUGUUGAUGUCUUCAUAGACCUUAUUUUCUUAGGCAGUGUAUUAGAAAUAGAUAAAUUGCUAAUAUUAAGAAUGCAUCAAGUUUGUAAACCUAACUUUUAAAAAUGCCAGAUUCUUUUUUCAUUAAAUGUUUCACAAUCCAGGGUAAUGUGACAUCUGACUCAAGAAAGGAGACCUAUU